AUGGGUGAAGAAUUACUCUUUAUGGGGCAAGGUUAUCCUCAACAAAUGGAUUUGGAUGCAGUACGAUGUAAAAAUCGUUUUUUGAAUUCACUUUUAAUUGAAGAAAUGUACAAAUGUUUUGCAAUUAUUUUUGAUACUGGUGACGAUGAAGUAUUUAUCCCUGCCGUAGCACUGGCAGUUGGAGGAUAUUUAUAUAAGAUUAUAUGGCUAUAUGCUGCUGCUGGGUCAUAUUUUGUUUUUACUUUUUUGUACAGAUGGUUAUAUAGAUGGUAUAUUGUGAGUGCAGCAUACAGUUUCGUUGCUUCUGCGAAAAGUUUUGAUAGCUGUAUAAGUUCAGUUAUUUCUGCCAUACGGGAGCGCGAAAUUAUAUCGUUCGGUAUAUUGAUGAGUAGUGAUGGAUCACGUUGCUGUAAUCGUGUGUUACGAAUAGAAGCAGUGAAAUCUUUAAGGGAGCUUAUACGUUCUUAUGGAGAUGCAGCAGAAAAGCUGGCAAAUGAUGAAGAGAGGGAAAAAUUGUUACGUCGGUUUUUCACCGAUGCAAUGAAUGAGCUGGCUGUAAGUGAGGUGAUCAACGAGCAUAUUUUGCAGCUCUCGGCUAUAAAGGAUUUGUCAAAAGUACUAUCUUUAGUUCGCAGCGAAUACGUUCGACUGUUGCUGUUCAGACUUACUGAAGUCGGCGCAUGGCGAGGGAUAAGACUCUGCUGUGGUUUUCGCAGAUUCAAGGUGAAGCAGAACAAAUUUGGGAAAAGAUUUACUGAAUCAAUGAAAUACAUUUUUCUGGAAGAGGAUGAGAGUGCAAUAAAGCCUGAAUAUAAGAUUCAAAAGCCUGAACCGUCGACAUCAGAAAGAGCGUCAGUGCAGUUGGGAUUGGCUCUACAAAUCCUCCAAGAAAACGAUUCUGAAGAAAAUAAAAAGAAGGUUUUGAAUAUUCUAAACGACACGGUGAAUCUCAUAAAGUUUGAAAAAAACGAAAAGGUGAAAAAAAGUGAACUUAGUUCGUCACCGGAAGUUGUUGAAGGACCUACAACUGAGAGAACUCCAUUUUCUGGGAAAAAGGUAUUUGAAGGAGUCGCUGAAGCACAGGAAGAGAUACCUAGCGAACCUCGAAAAGCUUUUUAUACGAAGCUACAGCAUCGAAAUCCCAUGACCAAUGCUGUAGUAAGGGAGUUAAAAAACGUUAUUGGAAGCAGAAGAUCGAGUACCUCCUCAAGCGAUGAAGAAUUGAAAGUACUGUUGGAUAGGAGUUCGGAUAGUAGCAACAGUUCUUUAUCGCUACAAGAUUCCUCUGUUCUCUCCCCUUCUUCAUCCUCUGAAGUUUUCUCACUCACAAGGCCACAAGUUGAGCUCAAGAAGCCCGACUUACAUAUAAGGGAACGUAGUGAUCCAUUUGGUGGUGCUCUUUUAAAAGUCAUAAAAUCACGUUCCACUUUGCCAGAGACAAAUUAUGGCGAUUCUGACGAUGAUUAA